UUCUAUAGUUUCUGUAAUUUUGGGUGUAUGAAAUUAUGAAAAUAAUCUAUAAUAUUUUAUAUAUUUACUAAUUAUACAGUGUCUGUAAAUUAUAUACGGUUAUAGCUCUCUGAAGGUGUAUCUCAAAAAAACUGAAAAAUUAAAAAAUUUUAUUCAUUGUUUUCUAGAAUUAAUUUAACAUUUUUAAUGUUUCGUGGCAAUCAGUAUAUUAUUAGAAAUAAUUUAAUUUCUUCCCGUUUUAUAAGAUUACAAUACGAUAAUUUUUUUAAUAAAAACAUGUCAAGCAGUAUUAAACAAGAUGAGAAUAUUAUUGAACGAACUAAUAAAAGACAAAUGAUCGAUGAAAGUUAUGAAAUGAUAACAAAAGCUCCAAAGGUAGAACCAACUGAAGAUGUAGUACAAAGAAAAAACAACGUUAAAAGGAAAAACUUUGUGAUAAUGUUAAGUUACGUGGGCAAAAAUUAUUGUGGUAUGCAAAUUAAUCGUGGUAGGAAAACUAUUGAAGAAAGUUUAUUAUCUGCUUUGUUGAAAGCAAAUUUUAUUACGAAAGAACAAUUCGAGGAUGUAAGAGAAAUUAAAUUUCAAAGAGCUGCACGUACAGAUAAAGGUGUAUCAGCAGUUAGGCAAGUUGUUUCUCUACAAUUGCCUGAUUAUGUAAACAAAGAAGAUAUAAAUCAGUAUCUUCCAAAGGAUAUCAGAGUAUUUGAUGUAAAGAGGGUAACAAGAACUUUUAAUAGUAAAACUAAAUGCGAUGCUAGAACAUACAGAUAUGUUCUUCCCACAUUUGUUUUGGCUCCAGAAGAUUCAAAUGUUUUACAAAUUGACGAAGAGGAAGAAGUAAAUGAAGAACAACGACUUAAACAACUAUCUAUGAUAGAUGGAAAGCCAUAUCAUGAAUUCCGAUUGACUCCAGAAAUGCUUGACAAGCUAAAUGAAAUUUUGAAAUUAUUAGAAGGCACACAUAAUUUUCAUAAUUUUACAUCGAAAACAAAGCCAUUAGAUCCAAGAGCCAAGCGUUAUAUAAUAUACUUUCGUUGUGUUGAAACAUUUAUUGCAAAUAAUAUGGAAUUUGCAGUACUGGAAAUAAAAGGACAAAGUUUUAUGUUACAUCAAAUUAGAAAAAUGGUAUCUUUAGUUAUAGGGAUUUGUAGAAAUAUUGUGACAAGUGAUAUUAUCAAAGAUGUAUUUUCAGUAGAAAAAAUUGACAUCCCUAUUGCACCAGGUUUAGGACUAAGUUUACAUUUUGUACAUUAUGAAUAUUAUAAUGAAAAAUUUGGAAAAGAUGGAUUUCACAAAACAUUAGAAUGGCAAGAAUGCAAUGACGAUGUUGACAAAUUUUAUAAAGAAUGCAUUUUACAGGAUAUAAUAGAUAAGGAAAUAUCAGAAAAAGUAAUGAUGCAUUGGUUGGCAUCUAUCCUAACACCAAAGAGAUUUGCAUUUAAAGAAUAUGUAGUACAGUGUGAAUAUGUAUCAUGAGAUCAUUGUAUUUUUUAUCAAAAGUGUAUUACAUAUAUUUGUCAAUAAUAACUAUUUUUAACUAUUUUAAA